AUGUCUGGAGAGCCACAAAACAAUGGCAACUUAGAAGAACAAAGACCAAACGGCGGUAAUGAUGUUAGCGAUGCUUGGGGUAGUCACGAUUCAUCUUCUGUACGGCCUUAUGGGAAAAUGCCUGUUGACCGAAAUGCUCCGUAUUAUAAUAUGAACCACAAAUAUCGCGGUAUGGCAAUCAUCUUUAACCAUGAACAUUUCGAUAUUCACAGCUUGAAGUCUCGCACUGGUACGAACGUAGAUAGCGAUAAUUUAUCUAAAGUUCUCAAAAAUCUGGGAUUCCGAGUUACUGUACUACAUAAUUUAAAAUCUGAAGAUAUUAAUCAUUACAUUCGUCAGACUGCUGAAAUGGACCACUCAGACAAUGAUUGCUUACUUGUAGCAGUAUUGACUCACGGUGAGCUAGGCAUGUUAUAUGCUAAAGACACACAUUACAAACCUGACAAUCUCUGGUACUACUUUACAGCAGACAAAUGCCCAACUCUUGCUGGUAAGCCCAAAAUUUUUUUUAUUCAAGCUUGUCAAGGUGAUAAACUGGAUGGUGGUAUAACACUUACAAGUCGUACAGAAACUGAUGGUUCUUCUAGUGCCUCGUAUAGAAUUCCCAUUCAUGCAGACUUUUUGAUUGUAUUUUCUACAGUGCCAGGAUACUAUUCCUGGAGAAAUACUACAAGAGGCUCUUGGUUCAUGCAAGCUCUCUGUGAAGAAUUGCGAUAUUCAGCAACAGAAAGGGAUAUUCUGACCUUACUUACAUUUGUAUGUCAAAAAGUUGCACUUGAUUUUGAGUCUAAUACUCCAGACAUGUUAACAAUGCAUCAACAAAAGCAAGUGCCCUGCAUCACUAGUAUGCUCACAAGAUUAUUAGUAUUUGGAAAUAAGAAGUAA